CCUCGAGCCUGCUGACAUCCGGCCUGGCAGACGCCUCGCGUGCAGCCCGCUCUGCCGCCUGAAGAGAAAACAGGAGACUCGGCAGAGCCAGCGAAGGGGAAAGAGUCAACCACCAGGACCAGAGACAGCCCAAAGUACCCGUGGAGAUAUGAAUGAUACCCACACUCAGACCGAUAUCAGUGCUAUGGUGGAACUGUUCCAGCUAAUCAUGUACACUCCCACCUUUACUCUGGGAGUGCUGUUUAAUGUGAUGGCUUUGUCAUUCCUGUUUUUUAAGGUUAAAAAACUCACAGAAUCUACAGUCUACAUGGUAGCCCUUAUUUUCCUGGAUACUGUGCUGCUGUUUACUCUUCCUUUUAAAAUCAUUUCCUAUCGCCUUCAGAAGAACUGGAACUUGGGGGCCGUGUUUUGCUCAGCCUUAGAAAGUCUUUACUUUGUAAACAUGUAUGGCAGCAUCCUCAUCUCCCUCUGCAUCUGCAUAGACCGGUACAUCGCUAUCCGGCACCCUUUUGUGGCUCCCGCCCUGCGAUCCACCAAGAAAGCCGCUAUGGUCUGUGCCAUCAUCUGCCUGGGCACCUCAGCCGGGACCGCCUCUACUUUCCGACUACACGGACAGGACAACAAUUUCUCAUCUUGCUUCCAUAACUUCUCCAAAAGUACAUGGGAAAACAAAGGCUUGUUUAGUGCCUUGGAGACUACCUUCCUUUGCAGCAUGGCAACGAUGACCUACUGCACCAUCCAGACCGUCAGAUGUUUGAGAAAGCGCAAAAAACCCAAUAACCCCCAAAUGCACACCAACAGAGCAGAGAAGAUAGUGGUGACAAACCUCGUCACGUUUUUGGUCUGUUUCACUCCUUACCACGUGGCAUUCCUCCUGUAUUUCUUGGUAAAAAAUAAUGUCAUUCACAACAGUUUUCAGCAAACCCUACGAGCCAUCCUUCAGGUCACGCUUUGCUGGGCAAACCUGAACUGUUGUCUGGAUGGAAUCUGUUAUUAUUUUGUCUUAAAGGAGUCUUUGGAAGACUCAUUGCAAAACAGUCAGAAAACAGCCAGGCGAGGGCUUUGAGCCAGACGCUGCACGGUGGUCGUGCAGGAUGCCUGCCUGGAAAGCGUCACUGCGCCGGGCAGGCCUGCCACUCACGGCAAGCACAGCGAAGGCCAGCACCGGCUGACGUCCUAGGGCGGGCUGACAUAUACCGCAUGGCAAACAGCACAGCUCCGUAGGUACAGACGAAAAACUGCUCUCAAGAAAAACGAACUGCUUGAAAUAUCCCUGAUACAUGAAGAUGCUUUGGUAGAUGCUGCAGGGUCCUGAACCACUUAGAUAAGUGAUUUACUUUAAAUAUUCAGGUCUGAAAAUAUCUCAGGAAAAACAGAACUAAGACCAUUCCCAAGUAUCUGCUCCUAAAUUAUUUAUCUUCCAUAAUGUUUUGUGUUGGCAUUUAUGGGUAAAAAGAAAUUGAAUUAUUUUCUAUAAAUGGUCA